ACCUAUGCUUCAAUCAACUUAACAACAAAGAGCAAACUUUACAACCCAGCAAUACUAACCUUCAAUAUAGCAACAUUGCGCUGCCAACUUAUAAUCACAAAUUCAAUUUAACACAACCUGACAGUUACGAAAAAAAUAAUAACACUCAUAAUAUAAACCAACAAGGUAAUUGUCCUUUAACUCCAAUUCUCAAUAACUUCAUAAUUAGCUUCAAUUCACACAGUGCAACCCAAGAAGCUGCACGCACCACCUUUACUACAAAUGGUAUUCUGAAGGUUAAAGUAACUAUAUGA